CCAAAUUAUUUUUUGUAGUCAAAUUCUUCUUUUACUGGUGUGAAGACAAAUAGGAGAAAGAAGAAGCCAGAAUCUAGGGUUAUCAUCUUCUUCUUCCCCAAUUUCUUCUGCUGUCUUCUUGCAAAAUCUGGAGUAUACAGUUGAAUCAAUUGAAGCUGCUUUCAAUCAAAGAAAAGGAUGAUGAAAUCAAGGAGUAAUUGAGAGCAGAAUCAGUGGUAGGUCAUUCAUUCAUUUGACUCAACUUGUUUGAUUUUACUUUACUUGUUGAUUAGACUUAGAAAUUGAGAUAGAUUUGUGGAUAUUUGGUUGAGAAUGGAUGAUGAUAGGAAUAGUAAUAGUAAUAGUAACAGUAGAUAUAAUGAACAUUUGGGGGUGAACAAAUUGGGUAAAAACAUCAGGAAAUCUCCAUUGCAUCAACCAAACUUUGCAAACAACACCAACAAUAAGCCACAACCACCACAGCCACAUGUUUAUAACAUCAGUAAGAAUGAUUUCAGAAACAUAGUUCAGCAAUUAACUGGUUCGCCGUCACAGAAUCAAACACAACCACCACCACCACCACCACCUAGGCCGACUAAUAAUCUUCCGAAACAAGCGAGUAAUCGGUUGCAGAAGAUACGUCCACCACCUUUGAGUCCGAUUAAUCGACCACCACCACCUCAGAUUCAUAACCAGGCUCCACAACCUCAUCAGCCUCAGGGACAGGGUCCUCCUUUUAAAGGUGGUGGUGCUAAUUUUGUUAGACCUGGUGGUGGACAAUUUGGUCAACAACCUACUGGGGAUGCAAAUUGGGGGGGAAAUGUUGUUGCUGAGUCUCCAAUUUCAGCUUAUAUGCGGUACUUACAGAAUUCCAUGCUUAGUCCUAGAUUUCCACAACCUCCUCCUCCUCCUCAACAGCAGCCUCAACUUCCUCAACAACAACCACAGCCUCCUCAACUUCAACCUCCUUUACCAGGUUUACUUCCUACACCACCACCUGUACCUCCUCCUUUUCCAUCUCCAAGAGGGACUGCUCCUCCUCCUCCUCCUUUUCCAUCUCCGAGAGGAGGGUCUGGUCCUGCGCUUUUGCCGUCUCCAACUUCUCAAUUCUUGUUGCCCUCGCCAACCUCACAAUUCCUGUUGCCUUCACCAAGUGCAUACAUGAGCUUUUUGUCUCCGCGUUCUUCAUUUCCUCCUGUAUCACCUGGAUUUCCUCCUCUUACUCCAACUUUCUUUUCACAAUUUUCUCAUCCGGGGGUUCUGGGUCCUGGGCCACAAACACCAAAUUCUCCUGGGUUUUUUUUCCCACCGUCCCCUUCAGGAUAUUUCCCUAUGAACAGUCCUAGAUGGAGAGAUCAAUAGACUUGUUUGGUGUAGUGUAUGUGUGCUUGUAUCUCUGUUUGUAUCUUCUUGUCGUGGGUUUCUUUGGUUCGUAUCAGAAGUCUUUGUUUGAAGCAAGCUGAUGGUGGUGAACAUUGAAGACUUUUGCAUUGGGUACAGCUGAAACAAGAGAAGUGGAAGAUAGGAUAUUAGACAUGUCAACGUAUUAGUUUGUAGACUAAAUCAGGUACAUGAAUUUGUUGUAUUUCGUAUUGGUAAGUAGUAAUUUUGGUUGUUAGAUUGUGAUUCAAUUCUUUCUAAGUUUCCAGCUCAUUGGAGAAGUCCUUGAGCUUUUGACCUUACAUAUGUACCAUGUUAUUCAUAACAACAAAGAGUAAAGAAAUUUAAUCUCAACUCACUGUCA